GUUUGGCCCAGAAUAACAUUUUAUCUUACAGAAGCUAAUUGCAUGUGUUUAUUUGGGAAUGACGGCAUGGCCAAAUGACAUAACCAGCUGAGAGUUUCUUUGUGAAGUCUUGGCUGCCUGUAGCCACUGCGUUUAGGAAAUUACGUGAGUUUGUAGGGGCUGAAUAGUUGCCCAUUUGGAAUAGCUAAUACUGAUCACACUUAUAACUGAUUACCCCAGGAUCUUUCUAAACUCUUUUUAUCUUUUUCAAACAUCUCCGAACUGAUAUCGAUUGGAUAACACCGACAUCAGUGAAAUGCCCAAACAGAAGGGCGGCCGUAUAGUGAUAAAAAUUAUCAAAAACUUGGACGUCGUAGUGGAGGCAGUUAUUAAUUCGGAGUAGACAAUCGUUCGACGUUAUGUUAAAAAAGACAAAAUCAUUGCAUUCGCUGCUCGGGAGCUACAAGGCAGCUUAACUGAUUAGCUGUUUUUCAAGCAGCUUACAAUCGGUUCUCUUACAGAGUGCAUGUAGGGUGCUGGGCUGGCCAUGACAGGUCAUGUUACUGUCACAAAGCCACUACAAAGCACGUCUUUAAUGAGUUCAGAGAAUUCGCCAUCGUUGCAAGCUAUGAAGCUGUUGAUGAAAGGACAGUGCCGCAAACCUCAUGGGGUCUGUGGGUAGGGAAGUUUGUCGUAUUUAAGUUAGCGAUGCGGUAAACAGAGUACGUAGUUACAGCUGACAGAGAACUCUCUUUUACUGACGUGUUCAAACAACACGUGGACAGUGGACAGUUUGGAAACUCAAGGCUGCAGCUCCACGGAGAUUGAGGAAUAUUGUUUUCGUCGUGAGAGUUGAUUGUUCGACUGGCAUGUCCCGAACCAGCAAAAGGUACAAGUCAGUACCUUCAACGAGCAACGGCAGUGCGUUGCCCCGGUGUGACCAAGCCAGGAUGCCCCGUGUCCGCGUCCUCUUCAUCUGUCUCUGCUGUGUGUUGAUAUUUGCGUUGAUUUUGGGGUUGUACAUCUCCAGCGACGCAAAUAGGAGCAAUGGUCCAAUUCCGGCUGCAGAUUUAACCAAAGACAAGUUUAACCAUAAGCCUAGUAAGUGUUCUCCAGCGCAGGUGCGGAAGUUUGCAUCUCAGAUCGACAGGAAGAGACUAUGGGAGACACACCUUAGGCCCAUCCUUAGAGAGAGAAUCCCUGGCACCGCAGGAAGCAAGGCAGUUCGCCAGCACAUCUACUCUCAGCUGGGCUCUCUAUCAGCCGGCUGGAUGUUGGAGGAAGACUCUUUUGUGUCGCCUACUCCAAAGGGUUCAGUCACUUUCACUAACGUUUUGGCUGUCCUGGACCCCUCUGCUCAACGUAGACUACUCCUGGCCUGUCACUAUGACUCCAAGAUCUUUCCACCAGAUCCCAGGUACCCGGGAAAGGUUUUCUUAGGGGCCAGUGACUCAGCCGUGCCCUGUGCAAUGAUUCUGGAGCUGGUAACGGCACUGGACGUCCAGCUCAGCGCCCUCAAACAGCAGCGGGCUGCAGUUACGUUGCAGUUGGUGUUUUUUGAUGGGGAAGAGGCGUUUGAGGACUGGACAGAAACCGACUCUCUGUACGGUUCUCGUCACCUCUCUGAACUCAUGGCCCGCACACCUCAUCCUCCAGGCUCAACACACACCACACUACUGCACGCGGUGGAUCUGUUUGUUCUGUUGGAUCUUCUGGGUGGGCCCGACCCUCUUAUUGUCAAUCAUUUUGACAACACGGCCCGCUGGUUCGACCGCCUUAUUGCUGCAGAGAAAAGUCUGCACAAACAGGGCUUGCUAUCUUCCCACCCCUCAGGACAAAGUUAUUUCAGGAAAGACAUUUACUUUGGCCCUGUACAAGAUGACCACAUACCUUUCUUACACAGAGGAGUGCCCAUCCUCCACUUGAUCCCUACACCUUUCCCUCCGUUCUGGCACAAAAUGGAUGAUUCGGAGGAGAAGAUGCACCCACCCACGGUGGAAAACCUCAUGAAGAUUUUAGCCAUCUUUCUGGCAGAGUAUUUAGGCCUUUGACAACACUGGUUGCCUUGUCGUUACAGAGACAGACCCAAUAGCUGAGCCUGGAGACUACACACAUAUGGACAUAACGAACCUAAAAGACAGUCUGCCCUCUAUAGACUUGCUGAAAAAGAGCCAUAGGCUGCAAUGGCCACACAUACACACACACACACACACAAACACACCCACGGAUACACAGAUUUACACUCAAUUUUGGCAGCUCUUUCAAGAUUCCUCAUUGACAUGCAUUCAUCAGCUGCUCCAUGUUGGAAAGGCUAGGUCCACUAAAUGGUCUCUGACUGUGGACAUAACUAAAAGCUGUUCCUUAAAACCUUCAGAUGUUAAUUUUAACGUCUAGAGUUACCUGUGAAAAUUUUCCCUUUGAUCUGUGAUUUCUCUGCUUAUUAUCUCUAUAAUACUCCCUUAAAAGGGCAGAUUAGGUUUACAGCUAUAACUGGAUGGAUUUGGACCAGAAUAAGGUAUUUAAAUGGAUGGUUGUUAUAAUAUUUUUUUCCCCUGGAAUAUGCAAGAGAUGUACCCAGAUUGUUGGAGUUUGUGUGUUUUACAUCUUUUAAAACCACCUGAAAAUACCUAAAUCAUAAUCAAAAUUCAUACACUUAUAUCAUGUGACAUUUUUAGUUCUGGGAAAGCAUACAAAACUGAAUGCGAGUUAUUGAUUUGCACAGUAAGCAAAAGUGGUUCCAAAAAGAAUAUUGUAUUGGGGACAUUCCUUAAGUCAUUAGCAGAAACUGGAAACUGCAGAGGUUUUGGACUCUUGUCCAAUAAACU